UCAAGUUAUUUACAGUGGAAAGUGAAAGGCGAUGGGUGUGUUGCUUUAUUAUUUUCUAAUUUAGUUAGAAUGAUUAGUUUUUAUAAAAUAAAAUUCAAAAUCAUUAUAAAGAAAAAUAUAUAAGUGUAUAUAACAUUCAUUAGUGUAGCUGUGUAAAUAGUAAUUCGCGAUAUUACUGAAUACCUACCAGUCGUACGUAAACUCGUAAUCGAAUAAAAUAGAAAAAAUAUCGUAAAUACGUUUGCUGAAAUUAUCAAUUAUGCUGUAAUUAGUGGUGUUUUUACAUGUGAAAAUAAACAACUUAAGUGUUUCAUGCAAUUAACUAAUUGGAGAAUGAACAAUGGCGUUUUCGAGGACAAAAUAUUUUGUGUACAAAGAUUAUGGAUGUCAUUUGUGAUUGUGUAAGUUCCUUAGUUCAAAAUGUCGACCCCGUGUCCGAAAGGCGGGAUGCGGCUCAGCGAAGCCCUCGAUAACAUGCAACUAGCUUAUAAUCCAAUUACAAAGCAGCUGCAUUUUGUGAGCCCUAAGUCGGAAAAGUCGGAAGAAAGUGUCGAUGAAGUUGACAAAUUAUCCAAGAAAAGUAGUUUCAGUGAUGAGGGCAACUACUCUAUGUCGACAUGCGAGAAGAGUGACACUAGUGAUUCCCCUAAAAGUACAUUACAAUGGGGUAGUGUGAGUGGACAUCAGCGCGGUAAAGAUGGAGGUUCAUUCUCGAGUACUGUGUCUAGUUUGUCUGAGUGCUCACUUGGAUCUAGUGCUUCCAAGGAGGAGGAGACCAUCGAGGCUGGAGUUGAUCAGGAACAAGCAAAAUUGAAAAAGAAAGGGCUUUCUAGCUUCUUUAGCAGAGGCGUCUUCCCUUGGAAAAGUUCGUCGAAAAGCCAAGAAUCGACACCGACAGUAACAUGGCGGCUUUUCGGCAGCAAGUCCACUCAGAACCUGGCCUCCAAAGCCAGUUCCGAGGUCCAGAAGUCCCUGACCCCUGUCUCGUCUGCGGCGAACACUCCACAUCAUCAUAAGAGGCAAGGCAGCUCAGCCAGUGAGAAGCAGUUCGAAGAUCUAGUCGCCAGUUCUAUAGCGUUGAUACAGCAUGACCGGCCCUCGAACCUGCCAGCGAAAUGCACGGAGGAAGCCCUCCGUCACAAAGCGGAACACGCGCGGAUGGUCGAGGCGGCGCGACGCAAGGUGGAGCGCGAGGCGGCCGCGAGGCACGCGCGCAUGCAGGAGUCGUGGCGGCUGGAGGAGCGCCUCGCGAGGCAUACGCGGGAGUGGGCGCAGAACAUACUGCCUGAUUGGCAGAACAUGAAAAACAACAAACGCACCUUGGACCUAUGGUGGAGCGGGCUUCCACCGUCCAUUCGGGGCAAGGUGUGGCAGCUAGCCAUUGAAAACAAACUCAAAAUCACCCACGAAAUGUACCAAGAGUACGUCAUAAAAGCGAAACAAAAAUUGCACGAGGCACAGUUGAGGCGAAAACGGUUAAAAGUGCACAGAAACUGCGAUUGUAACCAAGUGGAAGAGAAACAGAAAUCAACUGAGGAUUUAGAAGACACUAAAGCAAGAUUAAGUAUACCUAGGAACUUGAGCGAGCAGAAUCUCAAAUCGCAUACAACUGAUGCGGAAGCGAAAAAUUGUUGUACGAAAUCCAACCCUAAUCUACUAGAGUAUAGUGACGAAUGUUCAAUGGAGCUGAUUCAGUUGGACAUAGCGAGGACGUUCCCACACUUGUGUAUAUUCCAACCUGGAGGGCCAUAUUUUGAUGUGUUGCACGAAUUGUUGGCGGCGUACGUGUGCUAUCGAUCUGACAUUGGAUAUAUACAGGGUAUGUCGUUCAUAGCGGCGGUGCUGAUCUUGAACAUGGAGGCCCCGCAGGCGUUCGUGUGCUUCGCGAACAUGUUGGCCGGGCCUGUGCUCCGCGCCGCCUUCACCAGGGACGGGAACACUAUGCAGCGUCUGUGGAAGGCGUACACGCGACUGGUGCGACACAACGCGCCGGCGCUGGCGACGGCGCCGGCGCCGGAGCUGUACCUGGUGGAGUGGCUCUACACCGCCUUCGCCAAGGCGAUGCCGCUCGACGCCGUCUGCCGCGUCUGGGACGUCUUCCUCCGCGACGGCGACACCUUCCUCUUCCACGCUGCCCUCGGCAUACUCCAUCUGUACCAAGACGAACUGAAAGACAUGGAUUUCAUAUCAGCUGCUCAAUUCCUCACCAAACUGCCCGAAGACCUCGAUCCUGAAGCGCUAUUCAAGAGCAUAUCCUCGGUGUCAAUGACCUUGGACGGUAUGACCUUCGAAGAAUUAGCCUCCUGCUGCGAUGUGGAAGAUGAUGACGUCACAGUCAGAUUAUGAUACAAAGUUAGGAGGUGGAGCGACAUCGGCUUUUGGGAGAUCGUCGAUGCGCUUUCGUUCCGAGUCGGGUAAUAAUAGAUUUGUGAGUAAUAUUUAUUGGUAACUCUUAUUUAGGUGUGUUGUCGUUGAAGAUUGUACCUUAUGUGUCAGUGAUAAGGGAUAAAUUUUGACGUUUGAAAAUAAGCAGAUUCUGAACGCAAUAAUAUAUGAAUAUUUCACAAUGAAGUGUGAUGUAAAGUUGAUAGAGCAGGCCUCUUGAUUUUUAAACCUAUUUAUUAUAUUAUUUUACAAUAUCAUUAAUGAAGGAAAGACGAAAUUAAAUAAUAUAUAAAGAAUUACAGAAAAUAUAUACAAGACUAAAUAGUUGCGUUUAUCCUGCAUAUUAAACAUCCAUUCGCCUUUAGAAAAAAAACGGAUAAGAUUUAUCUCUUAAAUUUGACUAAUUAAAACGAAAAUUUUCGCAAAAUUGUGGAAGAUUGUUGAAUCGUUUGUCAGUUUUAGACUAAAUCUUUGUACAUAAAGGCACAUGUAAAUUUGUAAAUAUCAAAUUAGUGUAACUUCAAAAUAGCAGAUUCGAAUUUAAAACAACAUACUCACGGUGCCUGUGAUUUACUCGAAUUUGGAUCUUAAUUUUAACUGUAUACGGCUUAAGAUUAUUUAUCGAUUGAAUAAUUUCAACUUUCCACUGUAGUGCAAUAAAAUUUUACAUAGCCAAUCUCUUUAGGAGAUCAUUUUCACUCACCUUUAUUCGUCUUGCAAAUGAUAUCCUAACCUAAAGUGAUAAUUCGACAUCUUAUUCACUCGCAAUAAAAAAACAUUUCAAUAUACUUUUUAUCACGCGAAAAUGUAUAAAUUAUUUUUAUUUUACAAAAAGCAAAAACUACGAAUUCUUUUUAUCUGUGCUUCUGUGCCAAUUACUAUUAUUAGUUUUUGUUGCUCUUGUAUACUAAACAUUGUACAGUCUGCCCCCCCCCCCCCCCCCUCCCUUAAUAUUAUCAAGAAAUAGUAUAACAUUUUCGAUCAUAGUGUACAUAAUAAUAUGUAUAAAAACGCCAUAAGGACUAUUUGCGGAUGUGUCGACUAUAAAAACAUAUCAUGUCUUAGAAUUUACAAUACGAUAUUAAAUUUUAAUACUUCUCUUGGUACCUGUAACCUAGAUACAUGUCUAGAAUAUAAGGUUUAUCUACGAUUAAAAUAAAAUAAAUUAUUCUCCGGAUCGCGAUUAUGUAAAUAUGUACAUAUAUACAUUGUUAUUAAAGGCAUUUUUGAAUAAAUAAAAUGCCUUACUGUUUAAUAUUACUUUUAGAUUUUAUUAGUUUCGUAGUCAUUAAUGAUCUGAAUAUAUUAUUAUCGUAAUUCAAUUAAAUAAUAAUUCAAUGGCGGCUAACGCGAGCGCUGGAGUUUUGAAUAUUCGUUUUUAAACAAAAUUUUAACGUUUGUUUUAUGCGCAUCAGUGCGCAAUAUGCCGUAGACCGAGAAAUCUAUAGACUGCAUCACAUCUUUCGUUUUAUUCAUACAAGAAAGAGAAAUGAGUAUAAGAAAUAUAUGAGAAGAAAUGAAACAAACCAUUUGCCCGAUUAUACAACGCUGUAUCUGCCGCUUUAUAAGAUAUUGACCGGGAAGUUGUAUAUAUGUUCUAUCUCAUUUGGCUACGGUAACUCAUCGUCUUUAGUUUGUUUUUGUCUUUGGAACAUGCGCACAAUACAAACGUCAAAGCACAUCAGCGCCCCUAGCGGUGGAUUUUGUUAGCCUCCAAUAUAAUACUUUUUUUUGCUUCCGCUUGUAUUUAUUUAUCAUUUCUAAUCAGCAUUUCAUUCUAUGCUUAAUUUAUUCUAUUUAUGAUCUGUAAAUCUACUAAAAAUAAAAUUAGUUAAAAGUACCUAUAAAUUGCUUAUAUUUAUGUACACAUAGUGAUAUGUUUUCUAAUGCUCUGUUUUUUGGCAAUAAUUUCAAUUAUUGUUUUUAAUUUGGUUUUUGUGACUCUAUUUAAUAUAAUAACUUUAUGUAAAUAUUUAUUAAUAUUAGACUAUAGAAAGAGUAUAAACUAGUUUAUCGUCAAUUAUUCUAUAUUAAAUAAUUAAACACACAACGAGUAGUAGAACCGGCCUAAUAAUUAAUGAAACGAAGUUUUUUCGAAAACUAUUAGUAUUAAUUAACUAUAGAAUUAUAUUUAGUGUGUUAGUCGUCGUGUGUUAGUCGUAUCUUGCUCAUUCGAUUUAAUAUGAUUCAUUUGUACAUAGUACAGUUAAAUUUUAAGUUUUUAUUUAAUUAAUAAAAUUUGUUUGGUCGUUAAUGGGACCAGAAUAUUUUACUGAGAAUUAUAAUUUUCACAUACGUUCUGAUUAUGUAUCUAAAUUAGACAUGUAUAAAGUUUAUUAAUUUUAUUGUUUUUGAUUCCGUGUUAUAGAUAUAUAUAUAUAUAAAAUUUUACUAUUAUUGUAAUUACUUUAUUUACUAGUUAAUAGUAAAAAAAUGCAUGUGUAAAAAUAAUUAUAUCGUGGGAUAUCUUUUAAAUAUUUAUAUUUAUUCUAGAUGUUUUCUACGAUGUAUACAAUAUAUAUGAAAGUUUUAAUAAACACAGCUUUAAUAAAAAAUUCAAGGUUAUAUUGUCGCGAAAAAUGAUUGAUGAUUUUUUUAAAUUAUUUCUUUUUAUAAAUUGUUAUUUCCGUUUAAAAAAUUAGCUUGUAAAUUCGACAUGUGGCACUAUAUUAAGUACCAUAUGAAAUUAUAUUUAAGGACAUUAUUCAUUACGAAAUAAUGCGCUUGCGCGUUAUUUAGUUGGGCCAAAAUCGAACAGAAAAAAUAGGAAUACUUUUUUCUGUUCAAAUUUCCUACUCUCCAACCAGCAAUAAUUAAUAUUGAUAUUUUAUAAGAUUGUAUUAAUAGUUCUCUUUUAUUAUUACUUCAUUUGGCUGUUAGAAUAUCUAGUGUCUUUGCUUAGAAUUUUGGUAAACGUUGUUAUUCUUUAUUGUAUUUUCGAAGAUUUUUUUUACAAACUGAUUUUGGAUGUUGCUAGAUUAUCGUUUCGAUAGAUUUAAAUUUGGAGGUUUUUUUUAUUGAUAUUUUCGAUAGAUUUAAAUUGAUUGUCUUAUUCUAUGUGCAAUAUGUUGUUCCAUUUUCGAUUCCAAAUUAUUUUUAAUAACAAUAAAUAGAUAAAAUGUUUAUUUGUUUAAUGAGUCAAGAAACUCUGUAUGACACAAGUACACAUGUAAAUAAGUAAACGAGAAAUGUCACAGAUUUGUCCUUGUUUACGUGUAAUUAUAUAGAUAUAUAAUUAUAAUACUGCAGCGACACAAAGGCUCUUGGGUAUAAGCAAAUAUGAUAACAAAUUGAUCAAAACCAUUUGCCUUUGUCAUUAAAAUCGGCAAAAGAUAAUAAUUGAAGAUGGAUGCGACAGCAAUUCAGUAGACAUACUAUUUAUAAUAAUGCUAUUUUGAAAUUUGCUAUUGUAAAUCUUAAAACUGUGGGACCUACGGCGUGUUAUUGCUUGAUGACGUUUCACUACUUUUUGCACAUGUUUCAACGCAAAUAAAUACCAGCCCAAUCGUUUUGUUUAGAUUGUGUUUUGUAGUUACAUGCUGGGAUGUCACUUGACUGUUUAGCCUUAAAUUAUAUAAGUUUUACCUAAGAGUUCUGACAUUUAUAUGUUUUAUUGUUAUCAAUAUUUUAUUGGGUAGUCCAAAUGUUAUCAGAUCUGCUUUAUAUAAUUUAUUGAUUAUUGAAAUUAUACCUAACAAAUAAUUGCCAAGGCGCGAUAACCUAAGUAAUUAAAAAUUGCACUUCAAUUUUCGUUUUAAAAUUUCCAUGAUAUAUCGUGUAAGUUUAUUACAUAGGAUAUUUUUUGUUUACUAUCUAACUAGGUCUAUAAUAUCGUCUGAGCAUUUCCCUAUCCUUCCAUAGAGCGUUGGAGCCCAGGGGCCGUUUUCCUAUUUUUUUUCUCCACUUAAUUUUUAUGGUCUUCGGCAUCCUGAAACAUAACCAAUAAUUAUAAUGAUAAAAGUCCUUACAUUUUUUGAGAAUUAAGGCGAAAGUAAAGCCAUGUGUGAUCCCAGCCUUAGAUUUAGUAUAAUAAUAGUUAUUAUAAAAUAACAUAUAACAGUUGUGAUGUGGACUGAUAUUAUUAAUUAUAAAGAUUGCCAUCUCAAAAUAAUUAGCAUAGUUCUGUGUAAAUAGUAUCGAAACAUUUCGGCCCCAAAUCCGUACGGAUGUUUGUGAGGUAAUUUAAUUUAAUAAAAAUAUAUGAGGUA